GCGCGUGGAGUUUGACGCAGCCGCGCUGGAGCGGAUAAUUGGACUUUGACGUGGAGCAGGAGGAGGAAAGUUCAGCACACACACACACAUACACACACACAUACAGCGGGAGUUUGCUCAGAGUUUGCACGGUGCUGUCGGUGAGAGCAGCGGUGAGUGUCGGACAUGGCCGCUCUGCUGGUGUCCUUGGCGGUGGUGGGAGCCGUGGUGCUCUUGUGCGAGCUAAGCCGGCGGGCCGCGGCUCGGUAUCUCCCGGGGGCUUAUUGGAUUUAUGCGCUAGAGUUCGUGUGCACUCUGCAGCUCUGCUGGUGUGCGAAUGAACUGAAGCUGCUGGGUGAGAGGUCGGAGCUGCCGCUGUCCGUGCGCCUGACGCUGCUGUACGUCGUUACGGUCGUGCACCUGGUGAGUUUCCGCGGGGCGAGCUGCUCUUUCAUCUGGCCGCUGGAGCGCGCGUGCCGCCGGAAGCUGCGCUUCAAAGCGGCCGCGGGAGUCGCGAGCUGUCAGUUGGCGGCGGCCCUCGCGGCACAGGCUCUCGCGGUGCUCGCGUGGUCCCAGGGCUGGUCCGACAUCCACGUUCGGCACCAGAGGUUCGGGUACAAGUGCUUCGAUCCUCUCGGCGGGACGCUGCUGGAGGCCGCGGCGGUGGAGCUCAUAUGCAGUUUCAUCGUUCAGGCGGUAGUUCUGCACUUACACAAACUGGAGCCUCUACUCCGAGUCCACGCCCUCAGCGCCGUGAUCACUGUGUUAGUGUACGCAGGUGGAGCCAUUUCUGGGGCCGUGCUGAACCCCGUCCUGGCCGUGUCCCUUCAGUUCCCCUGCAGUGGACAUUCCUACCUCGAGUACAUGUUUGUGUACUGGCUCGGGCCAAUGCUGGGUGCGAUCAGCUGCAAUUUGCUCUUCGAGAUCAUCCUCCCGUUCCUGUGUGGGCGGAGCUCCAUCACUGGGGAAACAAAAAAACAGAAGAGCCAGUGAGCCGUGGUCCUGCAGGGUAUCUGAGAGGGUUAGUGGUUAGCCUUAGCCAAGAGCCAGUCAGUACUUUGAAGGAGAUGUUAUUGAUGUGGCACGGAUGUUCCACAGUAUGGCCUUAAAGUUAAUCAUGGAGACAAAUGCCACCAGGCCAAGUUACAGGUCAUAUCUGUGGAGAGGUGCCCUGCUCACAAUAAGAAUGCAUGUUCUCCAAGUGAUUAUUUAGCGAUAAAACACCUGUAAUAGAAUGUUACAUACUGUGGAGCAUUUAAGGCAAAGCAAUAACUUCUCCAUGGACAUGAACAGGUGGUGGACCAUUUAACAGAAAACUUACAUAAUGCACCUUGAUGACAAAAACAUGAUUGUGAACACCUGCCAUCAGUGACAAUAUUGGACAAUAUUGGUCAAAAUUGUUGGGAUUAGCCAUUAAAUCAUAUUAAAUGAAUUCAUUUACCGCUAAGUCAGCUCUGAGAUCCAUAUACCAAAGUAGAUAGCACCAACUGUUUUAUAUGGAAGGACUUGAUGCAUUGCACGGCAUUUUCAAAUAAUGAAUCAAUUACAGUUUAAGAAUAAAGAGUUUGACAAAAUGACAACUCACUACAAACAUGAAUAAUUCUGCAGAUUGAGUUGCCUUAUUAGUCGCAUUACAGACCAUUGUAUGACAUGAGAAGCACAAGGUAAAUGUUAAAGCAGCAGUAUUGGGAGUAUUUUGAAAGUGUUACAUUUUACAAGCCGUGUCCAAGGACAGCACAAAAAGACCUUUCCAACAUGGCAGCCGCUCGGGUUCACAUUCCUGCCAGGUUUUUUUCUGGCCCAUUGUGAAUGGUCAAGCACAAUCUUCACAGCUUUGCACAUGUUCUAAACUGAGCCUAAAGUUAAAGUAAAGCCUAGAAUAUACCAUCUCGCUCAGUAUUUAGCUUGUCCUGUACUACUGCCAUGUACGAUGUGAGAUAGGACCAGUGCUGGCCUCCAACAAGGGCUACAACUUGGCAUAAUUUUGGUCAGCACAAUGUGAGGGAAAUGAAAAUAAUGUUGAAUUUUAUUUUAUAUUGUUUUCAUAGUAACACCAUAAAAACAUUAUUUAUAAAUCUGUUUCAUGUUAGUAGUUUAGUCUCUAAGUGCAUAUGGCAGGUUAUCAUGUUUAUCUAUUUUUUCAUUUAAAGAACAAAUAUGUAUUAUUUGUGUGGUUAUUGACCUUUAAACAUCUUCAAUACUCUUGCUUUGGAAUUUCAUGAUUUAAAACUAAAAAUAAUGCCUAAAAAAACCAAAACAUAAUUUCACAGUCUCAGUACUCAGUAUCCUCUGAUCUGGUGCAACUUGCCAUCUACUGGCAGCAGAGGGAAAUACCAGAAUGAAAACAAUUAAACUCAAUAAUGAGGAACAUGCCCAAAACAUAACUCUUCGGUAAAUAAUUAUAAUAUAGUCCUAUAUGGCUUUUUUUGAACCAAUACCAAAAUCUGAUAUUUGUCUGGCUGUUGUGGCCAAUAACGAAUAUUUGCCAAUACCGACAUUAAACAUAAAUUUGGUCUGUACUAUAGCUUUUAAAAGCUUAGGUUAAGUUAUGGUGAAGUUUACAAAUUAUCUGGGAUAUAAAUUUAGUCUGAUCAAAAAGACAAAUCUGAUGCACCGAGGACAAACACAUGGCACACAUACACUGGGGCAGUGCAGAAAAAAUAUUGCCAAAUAUCAACUACAUUUUCAAUAUUGGACAAAUAUUGAUAUCUAAGGAAAUCCUCCAAUAUCACUGAUAUCACAGAUACUGCCGAUGACUAAUAUAUCGUCCCUUAAAUGUAUUGCCCAAAUUUGACCCUUGGUUACUAAACAGUUCUGCAAUUACCUCUACGUUUGUCACAUCGGCUGCCCGUGUUUAAGCAGGAAGUAAAAAUAUAAGCUUCCCCAAAAUUGUGAAACUUUGGAAAACUUGGCAAGAUUAUGAGUAAAAAAACUGGUAUAUUGUAGGAUGUGUAGUCUAACCCAGAUAUGGGCAAACUACGGCCCGGGGGCCACACACGGCUCUUUGGGCUUAUUAAUCUGUCCCACCAAAUGUGACCAAAUUAUAUUAAAACAGGUAAGGGUAAACCUUGUUAAAAAUUUUCUGCUGUGUUUAUUUAACUGAAAUUUGAUAAAUUAAUUAUUAAUUUAAUUAAUGCAUUUGGGAAACUAUUUGUACAAUGAGCCUUGCAUAUUCAUGUUUUGCUACAUGUUGCAAGCCAAAUGUCUAUUGUAAUAUAUAUAUAUAUAUAAUGUCCUGGCCCGGCCGCUCUGUCAAAUUUUAGAACCUUUUGUGGCCCGUGUGUCAAAAAAUUUGCCCACCCCUGGUCUAACCUGUCACAUGCACUUAGUUGAAUUAAAUCUUUUCGUUUUUGUCUUUGAGUCAAAUGAAAAAUGUUUGUAUAACUGUACAAUAUUUCUUUUCUUCUUCUUGUUUUUUUUUUCUUUUUUUUUUUUUUUUAAUAAUUUUACAUUAUAUUGUGCAGUUGUGUGGGAUAUGAUCUAGUUGUGGUUUCAUAGGAUGUGAAUGUAAAGCAUCAGACCAGAGGAUGAAAUCAUGGACUCUGCAUAUAGAAUACUGGUUUUAUGGUGUAUUUAAAUGUAUGCAAAAUGGCUGUAAAAGAUUCUUUUAUUGUGAUUUUUCUUCCUGUCCCGUUGUACCAGUUAUAUUUCUGAGCCUAUUCCUAAAGUCAUACCUCAGGUCAACACGAUGUCGACCCAUGUUUGUGUAGUGUAUAAUUCACUAGUUUAUGAUGCCUUGUAAUGAAUGCAAUAGUGCAAAAUUUGCAUUCUACACACUUUAAAGUGACAAAAAGCAAUACUUGAAUAAAGGACAUUCUACAUG